AUGUCACUACCAGCUGUCUGUAUUUUUCAAUUGAUUCUUUUCCUCUACGAAUAUCUAGCAUGGCAACUAGAAAUCAAGAAUUUGACUACUCACAAGCAUUAUCGUGAGGCCGUGGGGAUGAAUGUGCAAUUUUUCACUGUUCAAAUCAAUUCCUUGCCGCAUCUCGCUGCGGCUUAUGUUUACUACCAUCGAAUGAAACGGUCCAUGUUGCUCUACGUACCUUAUUUGAUGCUUUUCACUUUCGGACAACUCAUGUCUUGGUGGUUGCCGUACUUUUUCCGCAUCGGGUUUUGGUAUCUGGAUGGAACCGGUGAAAAACUACGACAAUAUCAACAGUACCAUGCACACUAUCAUCGAAUAUUACCCCGAUUCAAAAAUCAUGAGAUUAUUCCUGAUACAGAACAUACAAUUCUAAUCGUACUGACUUGUAUUACAGUUGUGCUAACGAUUCGAUCCGUGUAUUCCUCGAGAAUGAGCUCAGAUUCCAAAAUCAAAGCGAAAUAG